AAAAAAAAAAUUGCAAAACCAAAGAAAAGAGAAGAAGAAAGCAGUGGAAAUUGUAGAGGAUGAUUAUACAAGCAAAAGACUGUUUAUCAUUGGUUUUAAAAAGAGUAUCCAUUUUUUCAUUUCCGACGCAGAUUUCCAAAAAAAAAUUAACGUUCGAAGGAGGGGAGAGGGAGAGUUCAAAGUUGGGUGUAGUAUAAUUUUCCUCUUUAUAGAACCACCGUAGCCAUAGCCACUCCAAGUAUAUAAACCUGUUUCAUCAAACAUCAAUUCCUGAAGAAAGGAAUUUUACUGGCUCCCAAACGGAGCUCAUAAUCAAGAACAAAAUGAACAAGCUUUUUUCUCGCAAACUUGCAUCAAGGCUUUCGAAUUCCUACGCCAACUCUAUAUAUUGUAAGGAUUGCGCUUCUUUUUCCACACUAGGGAGAACCCAUAACCAAAACCAUCUCUUUGGCUCUUUCGUCACUCGCCCCCUUCAGGAUCACUCGCGUUCAUGGAGUUCACAUCGAAGUUUUGUGCAGAAAAUUCAUGGGUUUUUCUCAGUUCCGGUGGUUGGAAAGCGACUCAUGGUGAAUCCUUCAAAUACCCAUUUCAAGGGGUCAAUGAAGAGUGUAGUAGAAAGCAGGUCUCUAUUUACGGGAACCCCGUUUUCGAAAUUGAAAUUUCAGUUGAAACCUGGUUUUGUUCAUCAAUGGGGAGGCAGGCGAUCAUGGUUCCAAAGGCUGACGCCUAAAGAUGUGGUUUUGGGCUUGAUUAUAGCUAAUGUUGCUGUUUUCCUUCUCUGGCGGAUUGCUGAUCCUAUCUUUAUGUCAAAAAAUUUUACUAUUUCAGUAGAAAAUGUUAGAAGUGGCCGCGUACAUACAUUGAUUACAUCAGCCUUCAGUCACAUAGAUACUGGCCAUUUAGUAUCCAACAUGAUUGGACUGUACUUCUUUGGGAUGAACAUCGGAAGUGUAUUUGGUUCUGAGUUUUUGUUGAAAUUGUAUCUGGCUGGAGCAAUUGGUGGGUCAGCAUUUUACUUGGCGCAUCAUCUAUUUCAAGCAUCGUCCUCAAAGAGUCGGUCGUUUUGGGGCAAGGACCCAGUGCGAGCACAAGGAUUGGGCGCAAGUGGAGCAGUAAACGCUAUUAUGUUACUCGAUAUAUUCCUCUUCCCAAAGGCUACCCUCUAUCUCCAAUUCUUUAUACCUGUUCCUGCCAUCUUACUGGGCAUUUUUCUCAUUGGAAAAGACAUGUUAAGGAUACUAGAGAAUGACAGCCAAAUUUCAGGAUCUGCCCACCUUGGGGGUGCUGCAGUUGCAGCUUUAGCGUGGGCUCGAGUUCGCCGGGGACGUUUCUGAACAUCGUACUUGAAAAUCCAUGUUUGAUGCUGCAAUGCCCAUCAUCAACUUCUUUCCCAAUCCUCUCAUUCUACAUAAUCUUCUUUUUAUUGUAUAGAACCUGGAAGAUUUUUCAAUUUGGUUUAAUACAUUUACAUUUCAUUA